AUGAAAGGAAUGAGAUCUACUGUUAAGUGGCCAGGCAAGCUAAAUGAUGAAGCAAGGAGAGACACGACCAAGUGGUGCGAGUUCCACGGGGACCAUGUACAUAACACCUCAGAUUGCAUUGCCCUACGGUUGGAGGUCGUUGCACUAUUGAAGAGAGGACAUCUCCGAGAUCUGUUGAUAGAUAAAGGGAAGAGUACCAUCAGCCAGAAAAGCACGAAAGAAAAAUCUCCACCUCCGCAGGAACCUACGCCAAAAGGAUUUUGCAAUAUCAUCUCAAGAGCGUCAGAGAUCAGUGGGUUAAGUUACUCGUCAACCAAACGCUACGCCAGAGCCAAUAGCCACCAUGAAAUACAAUCUAUCCACCCCUCCUCUCGGUCACAUUCCUACCAGGUAAUUCAGUUCGAAGACGACGAGCCGGUUACCCUAGCAGUCCUUCACCAUGAUGCUUUAGUCGUCUCCCUCCAGAUCGCCAACAUUCUGGUCAAGAGGGUAUUCAUAGAUGGGGGAUCAUCAGCAAAUAUUCUAUUCCUUGAAGCAGUAAAGACUAUGGGACUGGAAGAAGCAAACAUCAACAGAAGGCCAACCCUACUGGUUGGGUUCAGUUAUGAGUAG